AUGGCGUGGACCAGCUCAACCCGUGAAGCCCACAGCAGUCGGCUCAAGUUCUAUGCCGACGACUCGCUCGAGGUGAGCGAGGAGCUGUUGCGCCAUGUGGCGCACAAUGCGGACGGUCACGUGGUCGACGAGUUCCUCGACUGCCGCUACAACGACCGUCUGCCCGCUUACGAACUGCUGGCGAGCUGGCUCGGCCUCCAAGAUAUCGAAAACUCAUGGGAGCCCGCAAGCAACCGAAGACCUGCCGCCCACAUUCAACAAGCCGUCACAAGGUCCACGUUUGGCUGCGAGGCGCCGGUCGCAACGUCCACGUGGAAAAAGGCGUCGGUGUCGGGAAUCGUGUUGAACAUGAUGCGAACUGGCAAAUGGACUGGUGGUCGAACGUGA